AUGGCUUCCACGCGGCUUCUGACCUGGAUUGCCAUCCUCAUUGGUGUCUUGACGCCCGUCGUCUACCUCUUGGAGCAGAACCUCGAGUCCUUCUACAUCUUUGACAAGGAGCACCUUCACGACCUGGCCAAGCGCGGAAUCGCGGCCCAUGGCAACGACACGCGGAGCAUUGUCAGCUACAUCACCACGGAGCUGCAUGAAAAGUACCCCAACAAUGUCAACUUGGAUGUAGAGUACAUUUUCAACAAUGCCGGUGGUGCCAUGGGUGCCAUGUACAUUAUCCAUGCCAGUAUUACAGAGUAUUUGAUCAUCUUUGGCACUGCCAUUGGUACCGAGGGUCACACUGGCCGCCACACGGCUGAUGACUACUUCCACAUCCUGACGGGUGAGCAGUGGGCCUACACGCCCGGCGAGUACGACCCCGAGAUCUACCCGGCCGGGUCGAUGCACCACCUCGUCCGCGGCACCGUCAAGCAGUACAAGAUGCCCGAGGGCUGCUUUGCCCUCGAGUACGCCCGUGGCUGGAUCCCGCCCAUGCUCUUCUUUGGCCUGGCCGAUGGCCUGUCUUCCACCCUUGACUUCCCUACCCUCUGGAGGACGAGCUACGUUACUGGCCGCGAGAUGAUUGGCAACUUGCUUCUGGGCAAGUUCUAA